AAUCUAAUGAUGAGGACAAAAUAUGUAAUAUAUAGAGCUAAGUGGGAGGCUUUAUGGAACAUAGGAAGCUGUUUCCUCCCUAACUAUAUAGUUUAUUCAACGACUCCUUUCUAUAAUGUUGAAAGCGUGCGCCAAUGAUGGAGUCUACAUUAUAUAAAAGAGCACGAAUCGAACUUGUUCUCGCUGCCCGACAACAAUGUCUCCUCAAACCUCUCCCAAACGGCCUGAACCGGCCGACGAACUCCCCAUCACCGCCGCUCCGACAACUGCUUCAUCGACUGUGGGAACAUCGAACAAGCUCACUCUCGUCCCGCUCAUCUUCCUGAUCUACUUUGAGGUCGCCGGCGGGCCGUAUGGGGAGGAGCCCACGGUGCAAGCGGCGGGCCCCCUGCUCGCUAUACUCGGUUUCCUCAUCUUCCCCUUCAUCUGGAGUGUCCCCGAAGCGCUCAUCACCGCCGAGCUCUCCACUGCGUUCCCGGGCAAUGGUGGGUUCGUUGUCUGGGCCGAGCGUGCCUUCGGACCCUUCCCAGGCUCCAUGAUGGGCUCCUGGAAGUUCCUCAGCGGCGUCAUCAACAUCGCAGCCUUCCCUGUCCUCUGCAUCGAUUACCUAAAGAAGCUAUUCCCUGUGUUCGAGUCGGGCUGGCCUCGGAUACUAGCCGUGGUCCUUUCCACCUGCGGCCUCUCCUUCCUCAACUUCACCGGCCUCAAUAUCGUCGGGUAUGGAGCAGUCCUCCUCGGUAUCGUCUCUUUGAUGCCAUUCAUCCUAAUGUCCCUCAUCGCGAUCCCGAAGAUCAAACCUCAUCGAUGGGGCAGUCUGGGGCAGAAGGGCGUGGACAAAGACUGGAACCUUUACUUCAAUACUCUGUUCUGGAACCUUAACUUCUGGGAUAAUGUCAGCACAUUGGCCGGGGAAGUCGACGAGCCGCAAAAGACUUUCCCGACCGCCUUGUUCUUCGCUGUGAUCUUCACCUGCGUCUCCUACAUUAUCCCUCUCUUCGCAGUGACCGGGGCCCUGCCCCUUGAUCAGAUGCAGUGGGAAUCGGGAUUCCACGCGGUGGCUGCGGGGAUCAUAGCAGGGAAAUGGCUCAAGAUAUGGGUUGAGGUCGGGGCGGUCCUGUCUGCAAUUGGCCUCUUCGAGGCCCAGCUCAGCAGCAGUGCGUAUCAGCUACUAGGCAUGGCUGACCUCGGGUUCCUGCCAGGGUUCUUCGCGACCCGGCACAGGAAGUUCGGGACCCCGUGGGUCGGGAUCCUAGUCUCAGCAUCGAUCGCGCUUGCUGUCUCCUUCAUGGACUUCACGGACAUCGUCUCCUCGGCAAACUUCCUGUACAGCCUAGGGAUGCUGCUCGAGUUUGCAUCAUUCAUCUGGCUCCGGUGGAAGUUGCCUUCGAUCAAGAGGCCUUACCGGGUCCCAUUGAACGUUCCCGGGCUCGUGAUCAUGUGCCUGAUCCCGUCCGGGUUCUUGGUGGUGAUCAUGAAGUAUGCCACCGGGGUUGUGUAUCUGAUCAGUGGGCUGAUGACUGUGGGAGCCAUUGGGUGGUUCUUCCUGAUGAGGUUCUGCAAGUCCAAGAAGAUCUUCAAGUUCAACAAUGCCACAGAAAUUCAAGAAUGAUUCUCAAGUACAAAUUGAUUUUUGUUUUUGGGUUGGGGGAGACUAUGAAAUGCCCUCAAACUCAUUAACAUAGUGCUUGGCAAUGGAGUGGAGCAAAACUCGACUCGACUCCAAAUAUUUAUAUGUAUAUUUAAAUGAGAUUAUAAUAAUGAUUAGAAAAAAUAUAUGUAUAUUGCACCGAAAAAAAGUAUAUGUGAAAAUUUAUUAUUAAA